AUGUCGUCUUUAGACUCUGUUAGAGAAGAUAUCCUCGAUGUUUUUCAUAUUUUUGAUGAAGACGGAUCGGGCAGCAUUACUAUGCAAGAGCUCAAAAGGGCAAUUUACACAAUAACUGGAAUUCGUAUAUCGCGUAUUGAUCUUUCCAUACUGGUUCGGACAUGUAAAGAAGAGAUGUUGAAGGAGUCUGCCAGGAAAUCGGAAGCUGGUGCUAAUGUAGCUGGAAAAGCGGGGGAAAAGUUGUGGACACCUGAACCGGAGUCUGAGGUGAACACUGUUGAUCCUCAGUUGUUUGCAGCUGUUGUGUUGAAGACGUUGAAUAGACGAACGCAGGAGCAGGAACUGCUUUUUACCUUCCGUCUUCUCGAAGAUAAGGAUUAUCCAGGUUUUAUUACGAAAGAUAGUUUGAAACGGGCAUCUGCAGAUAUUGACGAGCAUUUGACAGAUCAGGAGGUGAAUGAGAUGUUUGACAAACUUGUCACCGGGGUGUCCGCUGCUGCAAUCGAUUUUGUAACUUUUUCUUCGCUGAUGGAAACACUACGAAAGUCGAUUUAG